UCUGAAUUUGCCAUUAAGUAAAUAAUGAACUGACCUGUGCAAGUUAUUUUUUUAACGUUUUACUUUUUUUAAAAAGCUUUUUAAUGAUUGUUAUUUAGAAUUUGAUUCAAAUUGUUUGGAUACAAUUUUAUUUUUAACAAAAUGAAGAUGACAAUGAAUUACGCAAGAUUCCUAAAUAAGAUAAGCCAAGCCAGGCAACCUUCACCUAUUAGAGUCCUAACUGCCAUUCUCCAGCAAAGCCCGCCCUCAAUGAUAUCGAUGGCUGGAGGGAUGCCUAAUGUGGGAACUUUUCCAAUAGAAUCUGCCUCUUUUAAGCUAGUGGAUGGAUCUUCUCUAGAAAUGGACUCAAAAUUGAUGAAACAGGCACUUCAGUAUUGUCCAACUCCAGGUGUACCAGAUCUCAUCAAAUGGUUAAAAGGUCUACAAGAGAAACAACACAACAUUGCAGACCAAUUUAGUGCUGGACACACAGACUUGCUAGUCACAAAUGGCAGUCAGGAUGGUAUAUGUAAGGCAUUUGAAGCUCUUGUAUCCCCAGGAGAUAAUGUUCUCAUAGAAACUCCAUCAUACCCUGGCACAUUGGCAGUGGUUAAGCCAAUGGAUUGUAAACUGAUUCCUGUCCAGUCGGAUAGCUGUGGCCUUAAUCCAAAUGAUCUCAGUAAUAUUAUGUCCAAAUGGAGUCCUUCAGAUGCCCAGGAUGAUAAAAGUGACAUUCCAAAAGUGUUGUAUCUUAUUCCUAAUGGUGGAAACCCUACUGGUCAUGGACUGACAAUGGAAAGGAAGAAAGAGAUUUACAGCCUCGCUCAGAAGUAUAAUCUCAUUGUUUUGGAAGAUGACCCAUAUUUUUAUCUACAGUUUAGCAAGCCUUAUGUAUCCAGCCUCUUAUCGAUGGAUGUGGAUGGCAGAGUUGUCAGAUUUGAUUCUUUCUCAAAACUAAUCUCAUCGGGGAUGCGUAUUGGUACGGUGACCGGACCAAAGCCUGUCCUUGACAGGAUCUCUCUACACAUGCAGGCCUCAGUGAUGCACGCCAGCUCACUAUCUCAGGUGGUAUUGUGCAGAAUACUAGAGCAGUGGGGCUAUGAGGGUUUUGACCAACAUGUGGAUAAGGUUACAGACUUCUACAGGCAAAAAAAGGACCAGUGUAUCAGAGCUGCAGAUAAGCAUCUUAAGGGCCUAGCAGAGUGGUCGGAACCCUCAGGUGGCAUGUUCUUGUGGUUGAAACUGUCAGUUCCUGACACGUACGAGCUCAUAACGGUGAAAGCUAGAGAACGGGAGGUCCUCUUUGUGCCAGGGAGCGCAUUUACCAUGGACGACACCCAUCCCAGUCAGCAUGUGCGGGCCUCAUAUUCCACAUGCUCUGAGGAACAGAUGAACACGGCAUUUGAAAGACUGGCUGGGUUAAUAAGAGAAGAACAGAUGAAAGGCUCGUGAAAUUGCAUUGUUUAUUGUUUUUGUUUGUGUAUAUAAAAUUAUUCUUAAUCAGUUCAAUGUGCUAAUUAUGUUUAAAAAUGUGUUUUUGCGCAGUAUUGAACAAAGUAUUCUUUAGCUAAAUUUAUUUGAUACAUAUUUUUUAUACUAACUUAUGUGUUAAGAUUGUUAUCAAAGACUUUUUGUAUGAAUUAAAUUGUUAUACAGUAACUCACUGUGAUAAAUAUUAAAUGAAUUUGUUGUGCUAUUUUCACUCUUAAAUCAGUUUAUAUCUACAGUUAUGAUACAUUACAUGUCAUGCCCCAACAAAUAGAGGGUGGCGAACAUACAGAUUUGCCCUUGUUUGUCUGUUCUUCAGUCUGAACAUCUGUCCAUCACAAAAUCUUGUGUUACACGUAUCUCCAAAAGUACAAUAGCUAGAUUGAUGUAACUGUACAGGAAUAUUAAGUAUCAUGUGAAGAUGUUCACCUGGGGUCUUAUAUGUGACUGCAACCUAUACUUACAGAGUUAUGGCCUUGUAGUCGGUAGAGAAUGCAAUUUUGAGUUGAUUGAGUCUCCAAAAUUACAUUUAUAUUCAGAAAUAUGAGACUUAAGGGCAUUGUGGAACAGUAGUUUAGCAUGUGGCCACACCCAAUAAGUGCAGAGUAAUGGCCCUUGCCUUAUUAAAUAAAGGCCAUAGAGCAGGCAAUUUUGCGUCAGGCGAAUCUCCAAAAGUAUUGGAGCCAUAAAACUUUACAGCAAUGUUAACCAAAAAGUGUUGUACAACUUGGUGGGGGGGACUUAAAAAUGCAUAUAUAGAAUGGAAUCUUGUGUCACCCCUAUUUCAAUAAGUGUAGGAGCCUGAUUUAUGAAACUAAAUCAUAUGUUUACCAGCAUGGGUAGUUGUGCAUCAAGUUGUUUUUUUGUGACUGUCCCCUGCAGAGUUAUUGCCCUUGACAUAAUAUCAAUCCGGCAUGGAAUAUAGUGUUAAACUUAUCUGGUUUAUUCAUAAACAUAAUCACAAUGAUGUUAGUCUGGCUGUGUUCUUGGGCACAUGGGUUUAAACUUCAUAACUUAACUCAAAUUAAUUGAAGAUUACAUAUAGUUAAAGUAUGUAGGUGUUUUUCAAGACUUAGUGAUAUGUCCUCACUCUUUGGUUGUGCAACUGGUAAUUUUAAUGCUCAUUCAGAAAGUGGGGUUAUCUGUGUUUUUAUAGACAAACAUGUAGUUUACUUAAAACAUGUGAUAUUUAAAAAAGAUAUUUUGACAGUUUUAUGGGUAUAUUUAAAGAUUUUAAAGAUCCUUUUAAUCAGUACAUGCAUUGUAUAUUGUGAAGAUUUAAAGACCUAGUCAUUUUUGGAAUAAACAUGAAUGUAUCUAUGUUUUUUAGUCAACAGCACUACAAUGUAUAUGUACCAUUGUCUUCCAUUUGAGGCAACAUUGACAUUUGUUUUUUUGAUACAUCACCUAUUGGUAAAAUAAAGUGUACAAAAACCGUU